AUGCCAGCUGACCUAACGAUGGACAAUGAACUCACAACACUUGAGUCGGUUGUAAUUCGCUUUUGCGGGGAUUCCGGCGACGGGAUGCAACUCACCGGCGGACAGUUCACAGACACCUCCGCGCUUUUCGGAAACGAUUUCGCAACAUUCCCGGACUUCCCGGCAGAAAUCCGUGCCCCCAAAGGAACUACCUUUGGUGUCUCGGGAUUCCAAAUCCAGUUUUCGAGUCAGGAUAUCUAUACCCCUGGCGAUCGGGUCAAUGCGAUGGUCGCGAUGAAUCCCGCUGGAUUCAAGGUCAACAUCGAUGAUGUCGAGCCCGGCGGAAUCGUCAUCGUCAAUGAGGACGAGUUCACCAAGGGCAAUCUUUCCAAAUGCGGAUACCUCGACGGCUAUAACCCCCUCGAGGAUCCUGAGAUCGAACAUAGGUACGCACUGAUCAAGGUGCCGAUGUCGCGACUGACCAAAGAAUCGCUCGCUGAGUCCGGAAUGGGCGCCAAAGACAUCAACCGCUGCCGAAACAUGUUCGCAUUAGGGAUCGUGUAUUGGCUCUACGAGCGCCCCAUCGACAAUACCAAGGACUACCUCACCAAGAAGUUCUCAGGGAAGAAGAACCUUCCGGAGAUUGCGAAGAUCAAUAUCCAAGCGCUCGAAGCGGGGUAUUACUUCGGAGAAACCGCUGAGAUCUUCCCCUCUCGCUAUCGAGUCCCACCAGCAAAACAAGAGCCUGGGAUUUACCGCCAAAUCAGCGGCAAUGAAGCAACUGUACUCGGACUCGUGACGGCUUCUCAAAAAGCGAGCAAACCAAUCGUCUAUGCAAGCUAUCCGAUUACGCCUGCAUCCAACAUCAUCCAUGGACUCUCACACCUGAAACGAUUCGGAAUCAAAACCAUCCAGUCGGAGGAUGAGAUCGCGGCGGUCUGUACCGCGAUCGGUGCGAGCUUUGCGGGAGACAUUGGUGUGACCGGGACCUCUGGACCCGGUUUGGCACUCAAGGGUGAAGCGAUUGGACUCGCUCUGAUGCUCGAAAUCCCGCUCGUCGUUGUAGAUGUUCAGCGUGCCGGUCCAGCGACCGGAAUGCCCACGAAGACUGAGCAAGCGGAUCUGCUCCAAGCGAUGUAUGGCAGGCACUGUGAGAGCCCUGUAAUCGUUGUUGCGCCAAGGAGUCCCGCGGACUGUUUCAAUAUGGCGAUCGAAGCCGUCCGUCUCUCAACGAAGUACAUGUGUCCAGUGAUAUACCUGUCUGACGGAUACAUCGCAAACGGAGCCGAGCCUUGGAAAGUGCCGGAUGUGAACUCAAUCCCGGAGAUCAAAGUCCUGCAUCCAUCAAAGGAUCAAUACGAGGAUUCUGAGUUCUUCCCAUACGAGCGUGAUCCAGAGACGCUCGCACGAGCUUGGGCAAUCCCAGGCACAGAAGGUCUGGAACACCGCGUCGGUAGCUUGGAGAAGGAAGACAAAACAGGCAAUGUCUCUUACGGCCCUGACAACCAUGACAAAAUGGUCAGACUGCGUGCGGAGAAAGUGAAACGAGCCGCGAACUCAAUCCCGUUGCUCGAAGUCAAUGGUGAAGAGCAAGGCGACACACUCGUACUCGGAUGGGGAGGAACCUACGGCACCAUCACGACAGCCGUCCAGCUCAUCCGGGCACGCGGACAUCAGGUCAGCUCAGCGCACCUGCAGUACCUUAAUCCGAUGCCUUCCAAUACUGAGCAGGUCCUGCGUUCAUUCAAGAAGAUCGUCAUACCAGAGAUCAAUCUUGGACAACUCAGCAUGCUCAUCCGCUCCCAGUUCCUCAUCGAAACUCACGGCAUCAACAUCGUCAAGGGUCAGCCCUUCAAAGUCGACACACUCGUCGAGCGAAUCAUGGAGCUCCCGAUCUACACCGCGAAAGACUUCACUACGGAUCAGGAUGUCCGCUGGUGUCCCGGUUGUGGUGACUACGCAGCACUCGCAGCAGUCCGCAAGGUGCUCCCCAAGAUCGGACGCAAGAAGGAAGACUUUGUCUUUGUUUCAGGCAUCGGAUGUGCCGCACGCUUCCCGUACUAUGUCGAAACCUACGGCAUGCACUCCAUCCACGGACGAGCUCUCGCGGUCGCGACGGGUGUCAAAUGUGCAAAUCCAAAUCUUGAGGUCUGCGUCGUCUCCGGGGAUGGCGACCUCCUCUCGAUCGGUGGCAAUCACACCAUCCACACGAUGCGCCGGAAUGUGGACAUCACCAUCAUUCUCCUGAACAACAAAAUCUAUGGACUCACCAAGGGUCAAUACUCACCCACCAGCGAAACGGGAAAGAUCACACCGACCUCACCGGCAGGCUCGAUUGACUUCCCAGUGAAUCCCAUCGCGCUCGCGGUCGCCGCGGGAUGCACCUUUAUCGCGCGCAGUCUCGAUGUCGAUAUGCAGAAUCUCGAUAACAUUAUCCAGCGAGGCAUGGCGCAUCGCGGCACCGCGUUUAUAGAGGUCUAUCAAGACUGCAAUAUCUUCAACCAUAAGGCAUGGUUCUACGCGUCGCAAAAAGACACCAAUCCUGAGAACACCGUCAUGCUUGAGCACGGCAAGCCGUUGAUCUACGGCACCGAUCGAGAUAAAGGCAUCCGUUUCAACAAUGGAAGACCAGAGAAAGUAACAAUCGGACAGGAUGGGAUCAGCGAGAACGACCUGAUAAUUCACGAUGAGACUGAUCCGAUCCUCGCGAGCAUGUACUCGAAGAUGGCGUACCCAGAGUUCCCAGAGCCGAUGGGUAUUCUCUACGCUGAUCCGAGCAAACCGACAUAUAACCAGUUACUCCACGACCAGAUUGAGCAUGCGCAAGCUGACGGCAGGGGCAUGGAUCUGCAAUCGCUCAUCACCGGGAACAAAUCUUGGACAGUUGAAUAA